ACGAAGACAAAACCAGUUGGCAUACAAACUGACAAGACACCUGAAACGUAAUGCAAAAACUAAACAAUCGUAAAUUCUCAGUGUAAGUGUAAUAAAAGCAAAAAUUCUAACCGAAGUCAUGGAAAAAAAACGCCGCAACGACAUGUUUGAGAAAAAAAUCGACAAGAUCAAGGACCGUGGUGAUUUGCGCAAAUCACCAGAAAAGACCAAAAUGAGAGAUGAAAAUACAAAAUCGGAUCUUAAGAUUAUACACCCUGAGCGAGGUGAUUCGGACUUGUGGGCCAAAUUCCAUCAGAUACCAGAAAAGGUGAGACUGAAUAUCGUCAUGAGGAAAUUAAAAAGUAUUACGGAUGCUACUGAAAAAGAGCUGAGCCUUAAAAAAAGUAAUGAUGGUUACGGUUCUGCUAAUGCUCUCGAACUAAGGAAGCGUAUACGAGACAAAUAUACGCUGAAACUCAAGACCUCUGCGCAAAAGACGGACAGACCACAGUCGGUUACUAAUAAGAAAGAAGAACUUAAACCAACUGUCAGUAAUAAUAUUAAAAGCGCUAAGUCAGAUCGAUACACCAACACAAUAUCAGAAGAAAUAACACAGAAGCAAGACAAAAUCAUCCAAUCGACCGAAGAUAACGUUUCAACCAAAAACGACCCGGUGCCGGAGAAAAAGCCAGAAAAGGGUAUUAUAAAACCCGAAAAGACAAGUUCGAGGAACGCUCAAAGCCCAAACAAACACAAUCGGAAACCAAUGAUCAAGACUAUUAUGUCGAAAAAUGGCCAAGUAAGAAUAUUUAAAGCAGUAACUUUCGUUGAUCAGGUCAAAAACCCAACACCUCUAGAAAUUAGCAUCCCGACCGAUGCUAUGAAGAAACUCAAAAUCACAAAGUGUACGGAUACAAGUUCUUUGAAAUAUAAAUUGAAGAGGAGUCCAAGCCAGACUAGUCUUAAAGACAGAUCGUCUCCUGUAAGGAAGAAAGUUGAGAGAAAAAAAGAGAAGAAACCACAGAGGUAUGCUUUAUCACCAAAAAGUUCGAAGAUGAUUGUGUCACCGCCUACUGAGGUUGCGAGAUGGGCUCCUGCGUCUAUAGAUGAACAAACGAAACCAUACUACGAAGCUUGGGUCAAUACUACAUUAGCAGCUAUAUCGAAAAACACGAAGCAAGAUAGAUUGUUCUAUGAAAAAUAUAAAGCAAGCCUUUUGGCUAGUCUGAAGAAAGCUGAGCAAGAAAGGCCUCAGACACCAGAAUUGUUUUACGAAAAUUUCUCAGAUGAAAGGUAUACUGGUAGAAUUAAAAUUACGCAAAGAUAGCACUGUCGUUUUAGUGAAUAUUUUUGACGAUGUGAUGAACUUGAACGUGUUUGAUAAUUCUAAAUGGAUUUUUCUUUUUAUUUUUAUUAAGAGUUGUUAAAUGAUGAUUAUUUUUACUGAAUUAGCACUGAUUUGGCCCAAGAAUGUAAUUUUUUUAAAAGGAAUACUGGACUGUUUCUUACUCUUUGGCACUGCAUUUGUGAUGCCUUUCGUGUUGUAUGUGUUCUUAGAUUACUAUCUGCUUACCAUCAGGUUAUUCAUGAGCUUUCUUGGGCUAAAUCUGUUGCCAAUUUGUUUGGUAUUUUUAUUUUAUUAGGAUUUGUAUUGCUGAGCUAAUUUUGUCGUGUCGAAAUUAUGUAAAAAGUAUGAGUUGUGUCUUAAUUUUGAGUAAAUAUUUUGAGUAGUGGUGUCAAA